AUGAUGGAAAACUACACCUACAACAGCUUCAUUCUCCAGCUGGAGGGGUUAAAUGUCUCAAAGGACUUGGUCUACCCUGUGUUUCUCUGUCUCUUUUUCUCCUAUUUGUUUAUAACUGUUGCAAAUGUUGGCAUUGCUGUUCUUAUUUUCAUGGACAAAAACCUUCACCAGCCUAUGUAUCUACUUUUUUGCAACUUGACAGUCAGUGACCUUCUUGGAAACUCUAUCAUAUUACCCCGUUUGCUCAUAGACAUGUUGCGUCCUCCCUCUGAACGCCUCAUCAGUUAUUAUGAAUGUGUGGUCCAAGCUUUCACCACACACAUGUCCAGCACCACUGCUAUCACAGUGCUCAUGAUUAUGGCCUUUGACAGAUAUGUGGCCAUCUGCAAUCCCCUGCGAUAUGCUGCCAUAAUGACCAACAACAUGGUGAUCAAGCUGACAGUUUCUGCCUGGGGAGUGGCCUUUGUUUUGGUCGGGAUUCUGCUCGGUCUGACCUUAAGACUGAACCGAUGCAGGACUCUGAUCACGAGCAUGUACUGUAACAAUGCUGCCCUGUUUAAACUCUCCUGUGAGAGUGUGUUUGUCAAUAACAUAUAUGGCCUCACUUUCACUGUAGUCGUGCUUACGGGGUCCAUAGGCAGCAUGGUCCUCACCUAUACUAAGAUUACAGUAGUCUGUCUGACCAGUAAGAACAAGUCUCUGAACAGUAAAGCCUUAAAGACCUGUAGCACUCAUCUGGUUGUGUAUCUGAUUACAAUUCUCAGUGGAAUGGCUAUCAUUAUUCUGCAUCGUGUCCCUCAGUACUCAGACAGCAGAAAAUUUGUUACUAUUCUGUAUCAUAUCAUCCCUGGCAGCCUCAAUCCCAUAAUUUAUGGCAUGCAGUCUAAAGAGAUACGGAAAUCUUUGUCUAUUUUUAAGUCCAAGAGGGUUUUACCAUCAUAA